GGCCCCUUUUGGGUGCAGCUUAGCUUCAGCUGGACUUUUACGUCAAUCACUCUCCACGAUGAAGCUUGUCGGUAAAUACGUCGACAAAAACGGGGCUGGCUAUGUCAGCCUCCGACCCGAGGAUGAUGAAGAUAUGUGGCAUCUCUACAACAUUAUACAACAAGGUGAUCUUGUGCGAGCACCAGCUAUUCGUCGCGUACAGAACGUAUCUGCUACUGGAUCUACGGAAUCUCAUCGUGUCAAGUUGAACCUCACCAUCCAGGUAUCCCGAGUCGAAUUCUCCUCAUCAGGAGCACCUUCGUCAUCAGCGGAUCAAGCUUCAUCUCCUAUGGGAUCUUCAUCUGCAGCACCCACAACCACUGCAGCAUUGCAUAUCUCUGGCCCUAUGGGCGCGUUUCAUACACUUGACAUCGAGGGUAAUCGCGAUGUACGCAUCGAGAAGGUUGACGGGUGGGACAGUGUGGCCCUUGCUCGCGUCGAGGAAUCUUGUGUGCCAGGACGCGGCGCGGAGGUAGGCGCAGUUGUGUGCGGAGAAGGUACAGCCGCGUUUUGUCUCCUUUCACAACACAUGACACUGGUCACCCAUCGAAUAUCGGUUCCCAUACCGCGCAAGGCUUCUGCGCCUGGAACGUCACAGUACGAGAAGGCGAUGGCGAGAUUUUACGCCAUACUCUACGAUGCAUUUGUGCGACACAUACCUUAUACGUCACCUAGUUUGCGGGCAAUUGUGCUUGCAAGCCCAGGUUGGGUGCGAGAAGGUGUUUUCAAUGCUAUGAUGGUAGAAGCCGGGAGGAGGGGGGACAAGACAUUAUCCAAGGCAUUGCGAGAAAAGACUGUGAAAGUACACGUUAGUAGCGCACACGUCCACAGUCUUGUUGAAGUUCUCAAGAGUCCAGAGAUCGUUGCACAGCUCAAGGAAACGAAAUUUGCGCGCGAGGGAAUAGUUCUUGAUAAGUUCUUCAAGAUGCUUGGUGUGGACGAGAUGCGCGCGUGGUAUGGUCCUGAUCACGUCCGUUUAGCGGCAGAUCGUGGAGCCAUAGGGACACUCCUCAUCUCCGACGAGCUUUUCCGUGCGAGUGACCCGAAGUUGCGGAAGACAUAUGUCGAACUCGUCGAAGGAGUACAACAAAAGGGUGCAGAAGUCGUCAUGUUCUCGAGCAUGCACGAAUCUGGUCAACAGUUGAAUCAACUGACGGGUAUUGCUGCCAUACUCACAUUCCCUCUCGAUGUCGAAGUCGUAGAGGCAGAAGAAAGAGAAGCCGGAGAGGAAGAGAGAAGACAACAGGAAACAAAGACGCUGGAUGGUGGUGGAUAA